AUGGCCGACUUUUACAUCCGAUCGGCGAGAUCGCUGGAUCGAGUACUUCGGGACGAGUGUUCGGUCAAGGCGGCUGCUUCUGAACAUGCGGACUCGGGACGCGUGCUGGCCAUCCUCAUCAACUCGCUGGCGUAUCGGAGCGCUCUCAUGCAUGCUUUGGACGAAUCGAAGGUGAUGAAGCUCGAAGAGAAGGUGUUCGUCCUUGCGCCACCGUCGAAGAGCAAGGUCAAAGCGAAUGGGAAGGGAAAGGAUCCUCCAACAAAGUCGAGCAAGAUCGAGUAUCCGAGCAAGCAAGCACUGCUGUUGGUAUUGUGUCACGAUCUUCUCUUUCAGUCUCGCGGAAUUCAGGCCAGCAAAACUUGGCCACCGAAAGUGACGCUCGAAAGGUAUCGGGCUUCGCUGCACUCGUCGUUGGUCAAGCUUCAGAUUCGACAGGGAAAGUCGAGGAUCCAGGAUCUGCGUUCGGGUGCGCUGUAUCAGGAGAUGACGGCACGCAUGCCUAGAUGGAUUCGGAUCAACUCGCUGCGUGCAACGCGGGAGGAGGUGUUCGACUGGUUGACCGAGAACAAGUUCCACCUUGUCACGGAGCGAGAGUUGACGGGAGUCAAGGAAUUUGCUGAAUCGGAACACGUUCCGGGAUUGCUAGCGUUUCACCCGAAAGCAACGAGCCUGCUGUUGAAAAGCGGAAUGUAUCGGGAGAACUGGAUCGUCAUGCAAGAUCUCGCUUCUUGCUUCCCUGCGUACAUCUUGGAUCCUCCAGCCGCGACCCACGUGAUCGAUGCGACCAGUGCACCGGGCAACAAGACCAGCCAUCUCAGCGCCAUCAUGUUUUCCAAACCCAAUCCGAAACCCACCAAAGGACGUAUUGAUGCAUUCGAACGAGACGCCGUUCGGUUCAAAACCUUGCUCAAACGACUCGCUGCCGUCGGAGCGCUGCAAACGAAACCCCUUGCCGGAAUCGCUGGUGGGAAUGUCAUCGCGCAACGAAAGGAUUUCCUCACCACCCAACCACACGACUUUCCCGAUGUAACGCAUAUGCUUCUCGAUCCCAGCUGCAGCGGUUCCGGUAUCGUCAACCGUCUCGAUUUCCUCAAAGAAGAUGACGACGUCGAAAACGAUACCACCGACACGACCACGACAGAUUCGGGGGAAAGCAAGCUAGCACAUCGAUUGCGACAACUCUCCGAAUUCCAACAGCUGAUGAUUCGACACGCAUUCAAAUUCCCUGCGCUGGAAAAAGUUGUGUACAGCACAUGCAGCAUUCACGCCGAAGAGAACGAGGUGGUGGUGAUGAAAGCGCUCGAUUCGGAAGAAGCAAGGGAGAAAGGUUGGACGUUGGCAGGCAGAAAGGAUGUCAUUCCGAGUUGGAAGGUCAGAGGAGACAGGAAGGUGUGUGCGGGGAAGGAGGAAGUUGCGGAGAGCGUGAUCAGGUGCAUCCCGGGUGGGGAGGGUGAUGGAGAUAAGCCGAACGUUGAGAGUUGCAACGGGUUUUUCGUUGCUUGUUUUGUCAGGACUGGGGAGCGAGGAGGAAAUGCAGCGGUGGUCGAGGUGGCGAAGAAGAGGGUCUUGGAUGUGCAGGAAGAGGUCGGCGAUGACGCUGACGAUAACGACAACGAUAGCGAUGGAGAAGAGGAUCUGAGCGGAGCGGUAUCCGGCAGCGGCAACAACGCAGCUGCAAACAGAAAGAAAAAGCUGCAGAAACGACGCAAGAAGCAGCGUCUACAGGCUCAACAGGAAUAG